AUGCAGGAUGUGUCAGCAGCCCAGCAAAAGGCCGUCCAUUAUGUUCCAUUUCGAACAACACUACGUCCUUCCAUAAGCCUUUCCACAGAAGAGAUUUGUCUGUUGGCUUCGAUGUGUGCUUUCGUAGCAUUCAAUUUACAAAAUGCAGAAAACGCCAACUUCUUCAACAUUCUUACAAUCGUACCUGGUGCAGUGUUUACCUUCAAGUGCUUAGUUAUGAAUUGUGAUAGAAGUCUCAUCGUUUUGUUCACUAUCACUGCGUAUUGGCUUUUCUUCUUAAUAGCUAUUUUCAAUGGUUAUAUGUAUAAUAAAGAAGAUAGUUAUAUCAACAUUCGACUCAUGUUAUUAGGAACACUCGGUGCUAAAGCAUACUAUAAGGAGUGGUUCAUAAAGAACAGGGAAGUCGAUGAGAGUCAAUCGAGUCCUACAGGAAAGAGCGAGUAUAUUUUCGAAGCCUACCAACAAAACGAAUUUUCCCUUCAAAAGAACACCAGCACAGCGAUGUCUCCGCAGGAGAGUUCAACAAUCAUAAAGGGGAAGGCGAUGAAGCGAUUUCCGCCAUCAACUGCUCCACAAUAUGAUUCAGUGCUUCACGCUUCUACACCUUCACAGACAAAGGAUAGCGUGUUUAAGUUCUAUGAGGAUCAAAACAAUAUUAUGAUGUCCGAAACAGAUCACAUCUCAACAUCUCGUGAGAAAACAUUAAGCACAUCUUUACCUGGCUACGAGAAUUCCUCCUUCCGUAAAUAUUCUUCAUCUCCUUAUACAACCAGUACAAGAAGUUCCAAUCAUCGAACAACAACAACAACAAUGUUAGAAAGAACGGGUCUACUAAGUACAGGAAUUCCAGCCGUCAGUGAAAAAGUGGGGACCACUGGAAAACUUGAUACUGGCAGGAAAACCAUUACAUCCGUAGAUCACACUCAAAAAACCACGGAUAAGCAGCGAACCACCGGAAAAGAGACUAAAACUAAUGAAGAAAAUCCAGUAAUUUCGUAUGGAGAUAUUAUUACAAACCCGAUGGUUACGAUGAAAUUUUCGAAGAAAGAACUCACUCGAAAACUUACAGUAACAAAUAUUGCAAAUCGUACAAUAAUGUGGGCUCUAAAGGCAACCACUAUGCAUAACUUUAAUGCUCUACCAGCACACGGUAUUCUACAUCCAGGAAUACAACAAGGAAUUAUAGUUUGUUUAAUAGACCGGACACCAUCCAAAGAAUCUGAUCGUUCUUGCAAAAUCGCUAUCGACUACGUGUUUGUGGAACCGACUACAGUAUCCUUCAAUAAGACGUUGUUUAACUCGUCCGCAAAAAAACGACAUGUUCUUCAAGCGAUUUUUUCAACGUAG